CUGCGCAGGCGCAAUCCGUCCUACGCGUUUCGGUCAUUGUUUAGCGUGAGCUAGCCAUAGCUAAAGUGCUAACUAGAUGCAGACUCAAAACACAAAAAAACAAACUUAUUAAACUUAUAAAUAAAGUAGCUUGAUUGGCAAAUAACAUCAAAUAGUUAUUUGGUCACAAUGAGCAAGAGGAAAGCACCACAGGAGUCCCUAAAUGAGGGAAUAACAGACUUCCUUGUCGAGCUGGCAAACUAUGAGAAAAAUGUCAACAGAGCAAUACACAAGUACAAUGCAUACAGGAAAGCAGCGUCUACCAUUGCCAAGUACCCCAACAAGAUUAAAAGUGGAGAAGAGGCCAAGAAACUGGAUGGAGUUGGAGCUAAGAUAGCAGAAAAAAUUGAUGAGUUCCUUCAAACUGGCAAACUAAGAAAACUUGAAAAGAUCCGAAAUGAUGAUACCAGCUCUUCCAUCAACUUUCUUACCAGAGUUACUGGUAUUGGCCCUGCUGCUGCCAGGAAGUUCUUUGAUGAAGGAGUGAAAACUCUGGAUGAUUUGAAAAAGGUUGAGCACAAGUUAAACCAUCAUCAAAAGAUUGGGCUCAAGUACUUUGAAGAAUUUGAGAAAAGAAUCCCAAGAGCUGAAAUGGAAAAAAUGGAGGUUCUUGUUCUUGAAGAGCUGGAAAAAAUUGAUACAGAAUAUAUUGGAACAAUCUGUGGAAGCUACCGGAGAGGCGCAGCAUCGAGUGGUGAUAUUGAUAUUUUGCUGACGCACCCAGAAUACACCUCUCAAACAGAAAAGCAGCCCAAACUCCUUCAUGCUGUGGUCGACCAUUUGGAAUCCAUUGGGUUUGUGACCGACACUCUGUCCAAAGGAGACACUAAGUUCAUGGGGGUUUGCCAGCUGCAGCAAAGCGAUGACGAGGAAGAGGAAGAACAUCUUCACAGGCGUAUUGAUAUAAGGUUAAUUCCCAAUGACCAGUACUACUGUGGAGUCCUGUAUUUUACUGGAAGUGACAUCUUUAAUAAAAAUAUGAGGACUCAUGCUCUGGAGAAGGGCUUCACUCUUAAUGAGUACACUAUAAGACCACUUGGUGUCACUGGAGUGGCAGGGGAGCCUCUGCUGGUGGACAGUGAGAAAGACAUCUUUGACUACAUCCAGUACAAAUACAGAGAGCCAAAGGAUCGCAGCGAGUAAAGCCAUUCAGCUGUUCUACAAAACUGAUUUAAGAAGUUUGUUGGUGUGUUAGUUUUUACCCAUUCAUUCAUAACGCUGAGGAGAAAAUAACUGUGAAAGUGAUAUUUAUUUGUGUUGAGCAUUGUUUUCACAUUUUGAACAAAGUAUGUGCUUUAUUUAUAAAGUUCACAUUCAUGUAAUCUUGCAAACAUACUUCAUCUUGUUUUUUAAUUUUGUAAAUCAUGUCAACACUUAAUAUAUGUUACCUCACAUGCAUAUUUUGCUUUAAUUGUGCCAAAAACUUACAGAAGCCAUUUUUAAAAUCGGGAUGUCCUCUGUUACAUUUUUUGUUUAUCCUGAAUCAUGACAACAUCUAAUGUUUUUCCAGAAUGAAGGUGCUCUUUAACACACCCUAUACCUACAGAUGUUUUGUUUGCUUGUUUCAUGUACAGUGGUAUUUUUAGUAUUUUAUAAUAGGUAUUUAUUCUUUGGGCAAACUGCUUAAAAAUGCUGAAAUAUUUGUGUCCUUUUCAUAACUGUUAUAAACAAUUCAGUCAAUAUGUUUUGCCCAUUGAGUGUACAUGAUUGAUUGAAGCUAUUGUCAUAUCUUCAUUGCUUUUUAGGGGGAUUUAUAAAGAAGUAGAUAAAGUGAAAAGUAAGACUUAAAUACUAGAAGUUGAAGUACUUCAGUUUUGUGUUUGGAUCAUUGCAAGUAUAUCAGAAUAAAUUUAAGGAAAAAA